AUGGGAGAAAUAACAACAGAAGGAGUCUGGGGGUUCUACGAUAUCGUAUGGUACCUACUCGCAAGUGGGAUUCUCUUCUUUCUCAUCUUCAAAGGCUACCUCUCGCCAACACGGUGUGCUAAUUACUUCAAAGCAAAGAAGACCCUGUUCGAGCUUGAGGAACGGUACAACAGACUGUAUAAGUGAAGAGGGGAGCUUCUCUACCAGUACGACUGGGCUAUCGAGAGAGGAGACCCCAAAGAAGUCAUCAGGAAUAUCGCCAGGAAUAUCAAUAAUAUGGAUAAGGAAAUGAAGGAAGCUAAGGAAGAACACACUUAUAUCUCUAAGCAUGGCUUUGUGCUCAACAGGAAUGCUAAAUCAAACAAGAUUGAUUAGGAGCCUUCUCAAGGCCCAUGCAGUUGUUUUAGAGCAUGCAUGUUUAUC